AUGCUGCGAGGUACGCUUCAAGUUGAUCGUAAGAAGCUGCUGCGGAGAAUGCUGUUGCACCUGCUAGCAUCGCUGUUGUUGUGGUGCAUCGCUCCUUUGUCUGCGUCGGUUCAAGGCCAAGUCCUUUCGCGUGCAGGAUGCGCGUGCCAACCUACAGUCUUGACGGGCACAGACUCGCCUGUUAUUUGCUACCACACAAACUUCACUUUCGGGUGUGCGGUGGACCCGUCCGAUUCCUGCGCUGAUGGCGUCUUGGAUCGGUCAUGGGAUCUCUGCAAUGUCGUCGAUUUGUAUCUCGUUACCGAUCGAAGUUCUUCAACUACGUCGACUGGAACACUGCAUGUAACUUUAUAUGGUGAGGACCAAGUUGUGCUCACGACGACAGAAUUGUCGAGUGAAAUCCUUCGGAAGAAGAUUUCCCAGCUUACGCUCCCGUUGGAUAAUCAAGCUGAAGUCAAAACUAUCAAGAUUGAGGCUACAGAUAGGAUAUCUCUUCGUAUGUUUGAGGUGCAGACUAUGGUGAAUGACUUGCCGCCUACGAUUUUUUCACCUCAAGCACCUGGAUCAAUCUCGUUCGUGACAAACGAAGACACUGCGAGUACUGGGAUCCUGUCGCUGUGGUUUGUACCGGUAACAGAGUUGUUAAAUGGUAAGUAG